AUAGUUUAAGAGUAUAAACCUUAGACCAACCAACAAAUCACCUCUGUUUCUACCUCUCUCCAGCCCAAUUUAAUUGAUCAGAACGAGGAGCUUUGAUACCACUCCGGCGACGAUGGAGGCCCUGACGAUGAUGGGCACAACACUCCGGCGAUGAUGGGUACAACGAUGGUGGGUUCGGCAAUCCAAUCAGACCACCUCCAAAUCUGCAUCUAAAACUCCGGUCACGACGACGGCUCAGGCGACGAACAGUACCUCUCUCUCUCUCUCUCAGAUAGACACAACGCGUGAUGGAGUAGAAAAAGGAAGGGCAUAACGGUAAUUCACCGAGGCCGCUUCACCAACGACCGGGGGCACCCCCUGUCGUUGCCUAAUCCGGGAAGAGGUGGAUUUGUAGUCCAGACGCCUCAAAUCCCCCUUCCAAAUCCAGCUGCAAUUUUCUCUUCCAAAAACCGGAGAUGACGAGGCAAACGGAGGCGUAAUCCCCCUCUUGGCAAAUCCACCUUCAAAUCCGGCUGCCAAACAGGCUGAUAUCUCCGGAGAGCAGGCGGCCAUCUGGUGGCGGAAGUUUACGCCGCCCAAGGAAUUCAUUUUCCUUGAGCUUGGUUCUUGGAUUUUUCAAUUCCUUUUGUAAAUUGGUUUCCCAUCUGUACCAUACCCAAUUUAGCUGGUAGUAUUUCUCCUGACUAACCCAGAUCUUAGAUUCCCAAAUCUCUUUCCCUUUUGUUCAUCUUGUUGUUGAAAGUAGAGGAAAUUAUGUGGGUUUUGACCUAGAAAUACUGGCCAUCUUGUCCUUCCUAUAUAAACCCUCUAAUGACACCCACAUCUUAGACUCCUAUAUCCCUUUUCACUCCAUUCAUUUCUUGUGGAAAGUAGAGGAAAUUCUGUUUUUGGAAACUCAGGUGUCCCGGCCAGCGUAGAAAUCUGUGAUUUUUGAUCCGGAGUAAUACACAUCGAUUAAGUAAGCCUUUUCUUCAAAGUCGGUUGAAAAUGAGCGAGUCAAAACUGAGAACACCCUCGAUGCCAUUCUCUUCGUCGCAGAAGCUUCCUGAUUUCAAGCAAUCUGUCAAACUGAAGUAUGUUAAACUCGGAUACCAUUACCUCAUUACCCAUGGAAUGUUCUUAUUUAUAACCCCUAUGAUUGUUCUCAUAGCGGCUCAGCUAUCGACUGUCUCACUUCAAGAUGCUUAUGUUCUUUGGGACCAUCUUCGCUUCAAUGUCAUAUCAGUGAUCCUGUGCUCGACCCUCCUGGUGUUUCUGUCCACCCUUUACUUCCUUACUCGCCCUCGUCCUGUUUACCUUGUGAAUUUCUCGUGCUAUAAACCAGAGGACGCUCGCCAAUGCACUAGGCAGAUUUUCAUGGAAAGGUCACGUUUGAUUGGAACAUUCACAAAUGAAAACCUCCUUUUCCAACAGAAAAUUCUUGAGAGAUCCGGUCUUGGGGAAAAAACCUAUUUGCCUGAAGCUGUUAUAAGAGUACCUCCAAAUCCAUGUAUGGCGGAAGCAAGAAGAGAGGCAGAAAUGGUAAUGUAUGGUGCCAUUGAUGAGCUUUUGGCAAAAACCCAUGUGAAACCAAAAGAUGUAGGGAUUUUGAUUGUGAAUUGUAGCUUGUUCAAUCCAACGCCCUCUCUAUCUGCUAUGAUUAUAAACCAUUAUAAGCUUAGAGGGAACAUUAUUAGCCAUAAUCUUGGUGGGAUGGGUUGUAGUGCCGGUUUGAUCUCAAUCGAUCUUGCUAAAGAUCUCCUCCAAGUUCAUCCCAAUACUUAUGCUCUGGUAAUAAGCAUGGAAAACAUCACAUUGAAUUGGUACUUUGGGAAUGAAAGAUCAAUGCUUGUUUCCAAUUGCUUGUUCCGAAUGGGAGGGGCGGCCAUUUUGCUUUCGAACAAAAGGUCAGACCACCGCCGAUCCAAAUACCAAUUGGUUCACACUGUCAGGACCCACAAAGGGUCUGAUGACAAAUGCUUUGAGUGUGUUUUUCAAAUGGAGGAUCCUAAUGGAAAAGUUGGAGUCUCGUUGUUGAAGGACCUGAUGGCGGUGGCCGGAGAUGCUUUGAAGACUAACAUCACCACUUUGGGCCCACUUGUGCUUCCGAUGUCUGAACAGUUGCUAUUUUUCUCCACUUUAGUGGCGAAAAAACUUCUGAAGAUGAAGAUAAAGCCCUACAUUCCCGAUUUCAAGUUGGCUUUUGAGCAUUUUUGCAUUCAUGCUGGAGGAAGAGCUGUUCUGGACGAGAUAGAGAAAAACCUGCAACUCUCUGAUUGGAACAUGGAGCCUUCGCGGAUGACGCUUUACCGGUUUGGAAACACUUCAAGCAGUUCUCUUUGGUAUGAGUUGGCUUAUACAGAAGCCAAAGGGAGGGUGAAGAGGGGAGAUAGAACGUGGCAGAUAGCGUUUGGUUCUGGAUUUAAGUGUAACAGUGCAGUUUGGAAGGCUUUGAGGACUAUUAACCCGGAAAAGGAGAAGAACCCAUGGAUGGAUGAGAUAGAUCAGUUCCCAGUUGAUGUUCCAAAAUUCGCAGCCAUCUGAAUUCUACUAGUAGCCGGUGAGUCGCCCAUUGAUUAGCAGCGGCAUAUUGGGGGAUUUAUUGUUCUUUAACUUGAUGAUUGGUAUUAUUUUCUCUUGUGCUUGGGUCUUUUUGUUUACCUUUUGCUUCCGGUGUGGAUGGGUGGUGUUUCUUUGUUGGGGUUUUGGGAAAGUCAAGGAUGUUAAUUUUAUGUUUGCAAGUGUAAGCUGGGGCUAAUCCCUGGAUUAAUUUCAUUCUUGUGAGAAGCUGAGACUUUGAUAUCAGACAUGGUCUAGGGAUUUUAAUUGAUUUAUUUUGUGUUUGGGCCA